AUGAGUGACCCUGUCGGCCUCACGAAUGCCGCUUCGCGACUAGUGGGCAUAACAGACGAAGCUAUACGGUUCUUCCAACAACUCGAUUAUAAUACAAACUCUGUCACGAAACGAGUGACACAGCUCGAAAGUCUUUGCAAGCUCGUCAAGAAAAUUGAGCUGCAGCCUUCACUCGACUACAGUAAUGACCAGGAACAGCUUGACUUGACCAAACAGAUUUUGCUUUACUGCCAUAAGGUCAUUGGCAAAAUUCUAUCUCACCUUGAAUGGAUCGACAAUGGCGGCCAUCAUACAGUGACUCAACAAGGCUUGGUGGGAGUUUACGCCGAGCUCAACAAGCAAGAAAUUAAGAAUCUUUUUGAAGAGCUACAUAGAGAACAAAUAUGUCUAGUUGCUUUUAGAAAGUCAAAAUUCAAACCAUUGGCAUGGGCGGCAAAAUCUGCUCAGCAAUCGUUAGAAUAUUCACACACGUCUCAAGGUCGCGAAUCAGAAUUUCUGGAUAUUUUAUUCGUCACAGACCCAAGAGGAGACCGUGCAUCUCUUCAAUCAAUAAGAGGCCACAUUGUUGAAGGAACCUGUACAUGGAUCACCAACACUCCCAUUUACCGCUCAUGGCUCUCAAACUCCGGCGCAUCCAGAGGUCUCAUCAUCCAAGGCGGUCCAGGAAAAGGCAAAACUAUGCUAGCAAUCUACCUUACCGAGCAGCUCGAACGACUGGCUGAGUGUAUCUCCACCGAUACUAUCUUGUAUUUCUUUUGCAACCGGGGAAAUAUCAAUGCCAAUUCCGCUACGGCUGUUCUCCGUGGACUCAUCUGGCAGCUUUGCAGAUUGAGGCCGCAGCUAAUGUGUUAUGGACUGGACAAAGUUGCGUCCUUACAUGACGAGCGAAUGGCUUUGGCAACUGGCUCGGUGGAAAAGCUUUGGCAGAUUUUCAACACUAUGAUCAGAGAUCCCAGUGCUGGGACUGUCACUUGCGUUCUCGAUGGGCUUGACGAGUGUGAUGAGUCAUCUGUCGAUGCUCUCAUAGACAGGCUUUCGGAACUCCUAUCGCCAACCAACACGGACCGCCGGAAUGUGAGAGUACUGAUAACCAGGCGUUCGGCACAAAGCUGCGCGGGUGGUUCUGAUCCUUUUUCGACCUUGUGCCUUGGUUCGAAAUUUCACGAAUCCAAUGUGCAGGAUGUCCAGCGCUAUAUAGAAACCACCAUUCACAAGAUCGCGCAAGAGUACCAGUGGUCCAGGGAGAUUAAGGAUCAAGUGCAGGAUGCCCUCUCAAAGAAAGCGAGGGGUUCAUUUCUCUGGGCGAGCCUAUCGAUUCAUAACGCCAAGGAAAUACCACACGAUCUCAUCACAGCUUAUCUGGACAACGUUUCUGAGGAUGUCACCUCCAUCUACGAGAAGAUCUUAUUGGACAUCCCGCGUGAGCAACAGCAAAGAACUCGGCUCCUUUUGAGCUGGGUAUCAUUAGCGUAUCACCCACUCACCCUUGAAGAACUGGACGUCUUGACAGCCGUUCAAGAUUCAAACUCCCAAACUGAGCUUGACAACCUCAAAGCAUGCAUAAAGCACUGUGGGAGCCUUCUCGCAACCAAAAAUGAGACAAGAAAGACUAGUACUGGUCAUGAAACAGUCCAGACUAUUCAAUUAUUUCAUCCAUCAGUAGGAGAUUAUCUUCUUCGAACCACUGCAGAUAAGGACGUCGACCUUGAAAUCUUCCGAAUAGUCCCUGAUAACGACCACGAACGUCUUGCAUCUCGCUGUUUGGAUAUCAUGAAUGAGGAACUUCCUGCAUGGUCCGAAGGGAAGCUUGAAGGCGACUGUGUUCUGUCACUUCCCUACGCAACCCGAUUUUGGUUCAGACACCUUCGGCAAUGUCCUCAACAACUUGCUGACGGUACGUUGGCAAAUAGAGCGUUGCCAUUUUUGUCACAGAAUCAUGGCUACCGUAAACUGUGGUUUCUUUAUCUGUCGAAACUCAGGGCUGUGAUACGACCUACACCCAUACCUCUUCACCCUUCCUCCGUGGAGCAUUACAAUAUGAUCAACGGACUUGAAGAAAUUAGCGGCGUUAUCUUCUUCGAAAAGCCGAAGGAGGUGUCCACAAUCACGCGACUUCAUGAUCUGCAACUUGCUUGCUUGCUCGGAAUAACGGCAAUCGUUCACAAGCUACUCGAUAAUACCCAUGCGAUUCGAUACAUGAAAGAAGCCAACAUCCGGCCUUGGCUCUACGGGCACAAAACCUCGCGCCCAAGAGAUGAUCCUAUACUUAAGGUCCAAGGAGCUAUAACAAUGGUGUUAAGCGCAGAGGAGGUCUUGGCAAUGACUCCUCUUGAGCUUGCAGUUCUCGAAGGACACAAACAGGUCGCAUCUCUCUUGCUAGAUCGGUUUCCACGUUCAAGCCUGCGGCCGGACUCCGGUUUUAUCUUGGCAGCUGCCAUCAGUCACUGUGAGGUAGACCUGGUCAAAUUACUGAUGGAGGCGGGAGUCACAAAAUUCGAAGCCUCGAGAAAGUUUGACGGCCCUAUCUCAACUGCCGUGUCACGAAGACGUCUGGACGUGGUCAAGUUUCUUUGCAGCUCUGAGGAAACCAUAUGGGCUAAGAAAGAUUCCAAGGUGUCAGAAAUCACCCAAGCUUUGGUGUGCCUGAUCAAGGACCCGAUAGCGUUCAAAUCCGAUGAGGCGACAUUUGUUCAAUACGCCAGUGUUUUGCUUCAGGGAGGAGGAUCCCCUAAUGGUGCCAACCCGGGCGACAAUGGCCAUGGUCUUCGAUACUGGAAACGCGCUGUGUUGGAAUUUCUACACCAUCACGGCCUACCGCUACAAGCUUUGGGCUUACUUCCCGAUAAACAAACCCCUUUGAUGCUGUGCAUUUCAACACAUGGCUCAGGGGAUUCAACUUCCGAUCCAGUAGAGACAGUGCAAUUCCUACUAACCUCUGGAGCUUCCAUCAACCAAACAGAUCUCCGAGGCUGGACUGCGUUGCAUCACGUCGCCAAUCAGAUCGCCUUAGGAAGAGCGAAGACGAAUUGGGAAGACAUGGAUGAUGCAGAAGAGUACAAGCUUUACCAAAUCGCGAGUCUCUUAAUCGCCGCUGGUAUUGAUCGGGAUUUGGAGGAUAGAAAGAAGCGUACGGCAGCUGAUAUCUUACGAGUUGUGGGAGCGCCGAUUUGGAAUCGGGAUAUGUCCGAGUAUGAGCGGCAUAUCAGGAGUAAACCCCUGUACAGGAUGUCUCUUGAAUAG